GGUACAGAGCGAAGCCAGUCCGAGAACGCGACCCUAACACUAACAUCCGGUGUAUUCCGAGAGAGAAAGAGAGCGAGAGCGAGAGAGAGCGAGAGAGCGAGAGAGAGUCGGAAACGGAAACGACUGACUGCACGGUAAUUGCUACGCUAACAUGAAGAUCAUCCUGUUGCUCUUUAUCGUGGUGGCCUUCGCCUCAGCCCAAAGAAUCACGACGAUCCAACUAGAUGGUAUUCAAUACUUCGUGUCGCGGAUGAAUCCCUACAGUCCGGAACUGAACUACUUUUUGGCGUAUCAGUACUGCCGCUCGUUAGGUCUCCAAUUGGCAUCUUUUGAGACAAAAGAGAAGGCUGAUACGAUGACGCAAUAUUUGAAGAACGCGGGCUACACGAAAUACGACUUCUGGACUUCCGGUAAUAAAUUGGGAACCGACAUGUUCCUGUGGAUGAGCACGGGAUUGCCGUUCAAUGUGACUUUCGACUACAUGCUGAAACGACCUGGCAACAGACCCGUUGAAGUUCCACCCGGCACGGAACCCCAAAGGGUGGCACGCGAAAACGGCGACAGCGGAAGUGCGGACGGAUGUGUUGCAAUGAAGGCACCGACGUUAGAAUGGGAAGCGCAGGAUUGCACUCUUGUGAAGGACUUUAUUUGCGAGCAAACAAGAUGCUACUAUUACAACUACGGCAGCAUUCCAGUCUCCGCGACUCAGGGAAAUCACAGGCCCUACAUCACGACCACCUCGGCACCGGCCGGCUACGACCAAGCGAGCGAUCACGAAAUCGAUAGCACCAACAUCGACGAUCAACAUCAUUCGAGCAGCGACGCCGAGAUCGAGCAGGCGACGCCAUCGGAAGCGUCCGAGAAAUCACCACAGGAUCUGGUCGUGAGCAGGCUGAUGACCACCGCCGUUCCCGCAUCUGGCAAUCAGCAGCAGCAGCAGCAGCACGGCAUGACGGCGUCAGAGACGACGUUCGACGACCAGAAUGACGAGCGCUCGGCCGCGGCCGUCGACGAUCUGGACAAUACCAGACCGGAUCACAUUCCGGACAUCACGAGUCUGUUCACAGAACACGCCGCUGUGGCGUCUCAGGCGCGCAAGGACAGCGUUUUCGACGGUCUCGAGACCCGCGAGGUCCUGCGACCGUUGGCCUCACGUCCCGUCGUUUCUUCCUCGUCCUCGUCGGAGAUGAGGAUGGAGCAUCGCGAGUCACCCGACUACAGCGACCUGGCCGCGGAAACCGAAUUGCCGAACAACGGUCUGGAGGACGCCCACACAAUCGGACCGUACGACAGCGUUCAGGAUUACGUGAACGAUCAACCUGCCGACGACAUGGCGGCGUCGGCAUCAGCGGCGGACUCGUCGAUGAUGAAGGACCAGGACGACGACAGCAGCACGAUCCUGCCAGAGGCGGAACCGGCUUAUAGGUACAACAUCAAGGUGCGCACAAACGGCAAAGUAUUAGACCCUCCGUCCAAGUAACGCUUUACUUCUUCCUAGGCAACGUCACGUUAUUUCGUCGUAAUAAGUGACGGUAAAUACAUACUUGAGGAGAACUAUAUAUAGGUAUAUAUAUAUAUAUAUUAUAUGUAUGUGUAUAUUUUAUAUAUGAGUUUCGCGUAUGCGUGACACACGACAGCGAACUGUCGCGUGACAGGUCGCCGUCGUUGUCGCCGUUUUAAUUUCUAACUUAAGGCAUACCCGAUACACAAUGUUCGACAGUUUUUUUUUUUUUUUUUUUGGGAUCAGAGAGGAUCACAAUUACUCAACAGCUUCCUCGGUCGGCGGCAGGCAGAUUACUUUUUCUCUGAUUAACCGUUAGAAUUGCUCUUGAGACUAAUAAUCGCGGUUUGAAAGUGACAAUUGUCAAAGUUAUUGUGUAGAGUAAAAGAGAAAGUGACGAGGAUGAAUUGUGUUCUUCUCCUGCCGACGUUACUCGACAAGCUGUUAAUUUUCACAAGGGCAUUCAUUUCAGUUCUCAUCCCCCGAUCAUUUGACAAUGGCGGACAAUUGUUAUUCGAAUCAUUUUUGUCACUUUAUUCACUCGUCUCGUGAUUGUACUCUCUUUGAUUAAACAUUUGCGUUUUUCUUGGCAUUGACAUCAAGAAUUGUAGAAAGUUUCGAAGAACACACAACGAAAGAAAAAAAAAGUUGACCGAAACUGAUUGUAAGCCCGCUAGCGUUUUAAUUUUUUUUUUUUUGUUUUUAUAUGCGCAUAAGGAAGUAAUCAAUCAUCACACAUCAUUAUUUGUGUUAACGUAUCUAUACGUCCGCAAGACGAAACGUUCGGGGAGGUGACAGAUUCCGACGUAUAUUCCGCGGGAGGGAAAUGAUCGGUCGAGGUAACGUUUCGGUCAUCCGGACGUAUGACAAUCGGCGCGUCAAGUUUCGUCAACGUGAAACGUCGCUUUCACAUUGGAAUUCCGCGCGCAAACGCGGAAUGUGCGACUCUUGUGUUACACUGAACUUUUAAUAAAGGUACGAUUACACGAUCUCCGCCAUCCCAAUUCUUAAUUAAGACGACGUAGAUGUAAAAUUUUUCAUUUUAGAAUUAGAAAUUUCUAUCAUGAAUUUCAGUAGUAGUAUUCAUAAAUAAAAGCGGCAAAAAUA